AUGUCGAACGAAUUCCAUCCUUCACCAACUACAAUGCCACCUAAAGAAGACUGGGAAAAGCAACCAAAGCAGGUUAAUUCAGAAGAAAAAGAUGAGAAAAAUCCACCUCCUUUAGAUGAAGGAGACAUUGAGUUGCUUAAGAGCUACGCCACUGGACCGUAUGCCAAAGACUUAACGACUACUAAGGAAGAAACAGAGGCUGUUUUGAAGCGGAUAAAUGACACUGUUGGCAUCAAAGAAUCAGACACUGGUUUAGCUCCCCUUUCUUUCUGGGAUGUUGCUGCCGAUCGCCAAAGAAUGAGUGAAGAGCAACCUUUGCAAGUUGCUAGAUGUACAAAAAUUAUCGAAAAUGAACAGUCUGCCGAAAAAAAUGGUUACGUGAUUAACCUAAAGCAAAUUGCCAAGUUCGUUGUUAGUUUAGGAGAACGAGUUAGUCCUACUGAUAUCGAAGAGGGAAUGCGAGUUGGUUGUGAUCGAAGCAAAUAUUCCAUUCAGCUACCUCUCCCUCCCAAAAUUGAUCCUUCUGUUACAAUGAUGCAAGUCGAGGAGAAGCCCGAUAUUACAUACGGUGAUGUUGGUGGCUGUAAGGAACAAAUUGAGCGUUUGCGUGAAGUCGUGGAACUUCCUUUACUUUCUCCCGAGCGUUUUAUAAAGUUGGGUAUCGAUCCUCCAAAAGGUGUCAUGCUUUACGGUCCCCCUGGUACUGGUAAAACCUUGUGUGCUCGUGCCGUAGCCAAUCGAACUGAUGCUACCUUCAUUCGCGUUAUUGGUUCAGAGUUGGUUCAAAAAUAUGUCGGUGAGGGUGCCCGUAUGGUUCGUGAGCUUUUCGAAAUGGCCCGGACGAAGAAAGCUUGUAUUAUCUUUUUUGAUGAAAUUGAUGCUAUUGGAGGUGCUCGUUUUGACGAUGGCGCCGGUGGUGAUAAUGAAGUCCAAAGAACCAUGUUAGAAUUAAUUACCCAACUUGACGGUUUCGAUCCCCGUGGUAACAUUAAAGUUCUUUUUGCUACCAACCGACCAAAUACUUUAGAUGAAGCUUUGAUGCGUCCUGGCCGUAUCGAUCGUAAAGUUGAGUUUGGUCUACCCGACUUAGAGGGCAGAGCAAACAUUUUACGUAUUCAUGCUAAGAGUAUGGCGAUUGAUAAAGAUAUCCGAUGGGAGUUAAUUGCACGUCUUUGUCCCUCACAAACUGGUGCCGAAUUACGGUCUGUCUGUACCGAGGCAGGAAUGUUUGCAAUCCGUGCUAGGAGAAGGGUAGCUACAGAAAAAGAUUUCCUCGAUUCUGUACAAAAGGUUGUUAAAGGUAACCAAAAGUUUAGUAGUACGGCCGAUUAUAUGAACAUGAGUUCCUAG